UCAGUCUCUCCUUUGGUGGAAUUUCCCUGCGUUUUUCUACUUUUGAGAUAUACUUUCUGUUAAUACCUUUGGUUUUGUUCGACAACGGAAGCCACCUACCGAGUGUGACGAUUGUAUUCGAAGACACCGUCCAGUAAUUCGACCACCACAAAUUUGUAAAUGAGGCUUCUGGAGCGCGACCGUCUGAUUUUCGGUGUUUUUUCGUUACCUUGUAACUGUUCAUGAACUGUGGAUGUAUUUUUGAAUCGGACGUUUUUUGUGGCCACCGGUAAAACAAUGUUUUUUCUCGUUUCGUAUCGCAAUGGGUCAACAUCGCAUCGGUGCCCUCCACUAUUUCUGUAUAACUGUUAUUGUAUAUGGGCUGUGGCCGCUGGCGGUCGCUGGUCCGUGGUCUUCAGGGAUCCUGGAUUCACCAGAUACUGGGCGCUGGCGAGGCCAUGCAAAUGGCCUCACCGACAGUAGUGGUCCAGAAUAUAUCCGUAUCCCACGUGCAGAACGAGAGCAGAACAGCCUAACGGGAGCGUUUUUGAAGAAUGACAAGAAGAAAAGGGAUACCGCAAAAGCACUCCAUCUUCCAAAACCAGUGGACCAAAAACCUGUGAGUGACAAUCGCCGCGGUGGAAGCACACGAGCCCCGGAGAUGCGGCGCACCUGCUCACAAGUUCCCUUCUCGCAGGAGAAGACCUGCACGAGAAGAGUUGUGAAACAGAAAUCUUACUCAUGCCCCUCGGAUUUCUUCCCAGAAGUCUGUGUCGAAAAAGAGCGGCAGGUGACAGUUGGCUGCAAGAGACUAUCGACAAAAGAAAUCGAGUUCGAGUGCCCGACAAUGACUUCCAAAACCAUAUGUUACAAAAUGCCCCGAACAGUUCCGUCCAUCUGCACACGGAAAGUCUCAAAAUUCUCAAGGCGCCCUUGCCCUAAGAAAGUGCAGGAGUAUAUCUGUCGAACCAAGGCAGUUCAAGUUCAGGAAACUUGUCCAAGAAGUGUCACUGAAGAAGUUACAUACCCUUGUGAAAAAGUUCAGAGCCGAUUGGAAUGUGACGUCCAGUUCCGUGUCGAACCCGCAACCUGUACCCGUGAAAUCGAUGUGCCCAUCACGUACGAGUACGAAACAACGGAGACUGAACGGCACUGCAGACUAGUGAAAAAGUUUGUUAAAAAGACAUGUUCAAAGCCUGUGAUGGUCGAGGAAACAUAUCCAUGUCCGAAAAAAGUUAUCAAGCCUAAAUGCGAGCAGGUGACAGAGGAUCAGGUGAAAACGUGUACAGAAACACGAAUCAAGAAUGAAUCGUACUCGUGCCAGAACGUUGUGGUAGAACGACGACAAAGCAACUGCACGCGUUUAGCGGUCAAGAGAGAACAGCAGCUGCAAAUCCGUCACGACCAACACGACAAGAACCGCAGGGAGUCAGUAACGGAAUCCUCCGUGGAGACAUAUCCGUGCGAAAAGAAUGUCCCGGUGGUCGUGCCAGCGCUCUGUACAAGAGACGUUCCGUAUGAAGCGUCCUUCCCCUGUUCGGAGAAGGUAGUUGCUGAAAAAUGUUUGAUGUCUGAAGAGACGAUCGCUGAAACCUGCACGCGUCAAGUCGCACGCGACGAAGAAUAUGCAUGUGAAGACGUUGCUGAGGUGGAGGAAUGCGAGGACAAUGAGAAGAAAAUCAUGCAGACUGGCGUGCUCAGGGUGGAUUCCCGAACAGAACAGUACGACUGCGACAAAUCAAUCUCAGCUGAAAAUUGCACGGAAUUCUUUAUCACCGUCCCUGCAACGUGCGUAGCAUCGAUAAUGAAGACUGUAGACGACGCAUGUACAAGAGGCGAACUCCACGAGUCUUGCGAGGUUGUCGAAAAGGUUGUAGAAGGAACCUGCAUUGAAGAGGAGACGAUCGACGAAGAAUAUGUGUGUCCGCAGCUGGAGUAUGAUGAGGUUAGCGACAGAUGCAACUUGCAUCGUUCUGUUGAGAAUUGCAGAGGGAAAAAACUUAGUACAGCGACUGUGAAUUAAGCAUCGGCAUAACACUAUGAAAGAAAACUCAGAAGCUCAGGCACCUCUCGUAGCUGCCAGUUCUCCUCGAUUUGAUUGGUAUACAACUGUCUGCCUCCAUAAGUUCACUCUCUCAUUCGUUUCGGGGGAGCGAAGCCUCAUCGAUCGGGCACUUUAUCAGGGAGCAGCACUAGUGGUUUGUUUUCUCAUACCACUCCGUGAUACCAAAGCGAAGUUCUGUCGUGUCGGCUGCUCAUCUGCUGCAGAAGUGUCUCACAGUACAAAAUUGGGAGCUAGCAACUUGCACCACGAAAAUCGAAGAAGAAGUGGACGACAAAUGCACUCAGACUGUGCCCACCAUCGAGUGUAAGCCGGCAGCAACGCCGGCCAACCGAACUUGCUUCAAUGAGUUCGAGGAGAGUUUCAACUAUCCGUGUUAUUCGCUUCAGUACAGGGAAGAGUGUCAAGAGUACGCCUCGUCCGCAGGCGAAGAAGGGCAAAAUGCAAGCUGAUUUAUCCCUGUCUGCCGUCUCCAAGCUCGACUUUGCUCUGAGUUUUUGACGGGGUUUAAUCAUCAUUGCAUCUGUGGUGAUCGACCUUCGUACGCUGUUGAACAGUUGUCGGGCCUCAUCACCUCCAGUCGGUUUGAACCGUCACAUAAAAAUCAG